AUGUCACACAACGACGAGAAGAAGUCCUCCUCCUCCAUCGGCAGCGAUGCUGCAUACGACGCUGGGGUACCAAAACUCGACCCCGCCACCAAGGGCGAGAUAGACGCUGAGGCCGACGCUCAUCUCGGUGUGCGGACGGUAGAAGCCGCGGAGCAAGUUUAUGGCCGCUACUCCAAGUGGUUCCUCUUCAUCGGUAUUGGCCUCGCGUCGUAUAUCUACUCGCUUGAUGGCCAGACGACGUACAGCUACCUCGCCUUCGCCACCUCCUCCUUCGACAAGCACAGUCUUAUUUCCACCAUCCAGGUCGCGCAGUCCAUCAUCAUCGCGUGUGGGAAGCCCGUCAUUGCUAAGGUUGCCGAUGUCUCGUCCCGCGGCACCUCGUACAUCGUCGUCCUGGUAUUCUACGUCAUUGGCUACAUUGUGAUCGCGUCCGCCAACGGCGUCGGCGCCCUUGCGGCUGGCAUCAUUCUCUACGCGAUGUACGUUACUGGUUACACGGGCCUGCAGUUGCUCACUCAAAUCAUUGUCGCCGAUAUCACGACGCUCAAGUGGCGAGGCCUCGUCUCCGCUUUGACCUCCGCGCCGUUCAUCAUCAACGCGUUCAUCGGCUCGAACGUCUCCACCGGUGUUCUCGAGCACUCGAACUGGCGCUGGGGCUAUGGCAUGUUCGCGAUCCUCAUCCCCGCCUCCCUCUCGCCACUCGUCAUCACGCUCUUCUGGGCCGAGAACAAGGCGCGCAAGCUUGGACUCGUUCAGGGCGCUGACGUCAAGCCGAAGGAGAAGGGCUCGCUCGUGCAGCGCGCGUGGGGCGUCGCACAGCAGCUCGACAUUGUCGGCCUCCUGCUCCUCGGUACUGCUGUUGCGCUUAUCCUGCUCCCGCUCACGCUGGCGCAGAGCGCCAAGGGCAUGUGGAACAACCCGUCGAUGAUUGCCAUGAUCGUCGUCGGGUGCAUCCUCCUCCCCGUCUUCGCGCUCUGGGACAUUUACUUCGCGACGCGCCCCGUCAUCGCGCGCCGCUUCCUUACCAACUGGUCGGUCGUCCUCGCGUCGUGGAUCGGCUUCUUCGACUUCUUCUCGUUCUACCUCACAUUCACCUACCUUUACUCCUUCGUGCUCGUCACCAAGGACUGGACGUUGAUCAACGCGACCUACUUCAGCCAGACGCAGACGGUCGGCCUUACUGUCUUCGGUAUCAUGUCCGGCUUCUUCCUGACCUGGUUCCGCCGCUACAAGUGGGUGCUCGUCGCCGGUCUCGCCAUCCGUCUCGUCGGUGUCGGCCUCAUGAUCCACUCGCGUGGCGCGGACUCGUCCGACGCGGAGAUCGUCUGGACCCAGAUCCUCCAGGGCAUCGGAGGUGGCUUCGCCGCCGUCUGCUCGCAGGUCGGCGCGCAGGCGUCCGUGCCCCACGUCGACGUCGCGAUGGUCACCGCCGUCGUCCUCCUCUGGACCGAGAUCGGCGGCUCCGUCGGUAGCGCUGUCGCCGGUGCCAUUUGGACCAACACCAUGCCCGACAAGCUCGCCGCGCACCUUCCGUCGCUCAACCAGACCGAGCUCGACACGCUCUUUGGCAGCAUCACGAGCGUCAUGGCUCUCCCCUUCGACGACCCCGUGCGCGUCGGCGUCAUCGGCGCGUACGGCGACACGAUGCGCGUCAUGCUCAUCGCCGCGACCGUGCUCGCGGUCGUCCCCCUCCUCAUCUCGCUCGGCAUGCCCAACUGGUACCUCGGCGACAACCAGAACGCGGUCGACGGGAACAGCGGCCCCGAGCCGAAGGAGGUGAAGACGGAGAAGGGCGCGGUGGCGCCGGUGGCGAGCGAGCCCUCGCAUGUGUAG